ACUUCCAAAGCAGGAGGAGAGGUAAAAACAGGUAACUUUAGGUCAUGCUAGAACUAGAUGGCAGUUCAAAUCACCUAUAGAAAUUAAUCUAAUGACAUAGCAUCAGCCAAGGGAGGGAUGGAUAAUCUUGCUGCUGAGAAGUGACAAAAGCCAUGGAUUUACAGCUCGGUCCCAGAUGCCUAACACUGGGCCACUGAAAGCCAGCAGAACAAACAAUAGUAACAUCUAAGAGAUUGAAUCUUAGGUUGUGUCCCAGUGCUCAAUGAUCUGAUUUGAUGGUUUAGAAGAAAGAGCAAGUAGAAGUUGGAGUGGAAUUACCUGAUUGGCAAAGUAAAUAAUUCUGCUUCACCAAAUAGAAAAGAUGUGGCAGUGAACAAGCCAGCCAUAAGUCUAAAGAAAAGAAAGCAGGAAAACCCCAAUAAAGAUGCAUCCACUUACAUGGUACAGUAAUGCUAUCAUAUUUAUCUCUGCUAAAGCAAUUCAUUAGUCUCUCAGACUGCAGAGGUAUCUUUGCAGGCUCCGCAAAGAGCCUUCCCUCCAUGUGAAUCAAGAUGUUUGGAAGGGAAAAGCUCUCCCCCUCCACAUCUUCUCAUGAGGUCCUUUAACUUUCCUCACAUGUGACUCUCUUUCCCUCUGUCAUCUUAUAUAAUGAGGUGCACUGCAUGGGGUUGUGGGAACCCAUCAUCUCUCCAAACACCAACUGCCAGUGUUCACAGAAAAGAAGAUGCUCUCCAAGCUCCUCUCUUGGGCUUCUAUCCUUGUAGCUCUCUUCCUGAUACUCCACCAUGGGUGGGCAGCACGCUGCGAAGCAAACAUCCCAAUAGUACAGCAGAUCCAGGUGGGCUUCAGCAAGCCUCCAAAGUUCAUGGUGGUGGUCCAGAACAGCUGCCCGAUGUGUCCUGCCAUUGAUGUGCACUUACAGUGUGCAGCAUUCCCUCAGUCCCUUGCGGAUCCAAGAGUGUUCAGAGUGGUUGGUUAUGAUGACUGCGUUGUCGAUGGAGGUUUGCCUCUGGCUCCACUGCAGAAGAUCUCCUUCAACUACACCCAUGAGAGGUUUAGCAUGUCCCUCAAGUCCUGGUCCUUCCAGUGCGAGUGACAAUGCCCACAUGCUCUUCUUCCACUGAUCCAUCAUUGGUUUCGAUACACAACACUGGAAAAUGUCUUCAGACAGCAGUUGUCUCGUUCUUUAAACUCUGAUACUUUCACCAGAACGUAGAAUAUGGUCCUCAAACAUGCCAAGUUGUCCAAAGGCAGUGUGUAUUGGAAUGAUAAUGACUAUAUAUUGAUAGAGAAAUUUCCUU